AUGACCAUCACCUUCACAACCCGAGGGCUGGUUCGGGCAGCUCUUUUGGCAGGACUGUUGCCCUACUGUCUUGCGUUCCGAUACGACCAGUCUCGAUAUGGAAAAGUCGAAGUGACAUAUGAACAAGACAUUUACUCUGCAGAGGGUGCAGCUAUGCUCCAGCCUGGAGACACUGAGGAAGGAGAGGCCCACGGCGACAUCGAUGUACCAGAUGGCGCUGACUUCACAUCAUUUAAUGUCAAUGAGCAUGGUGACGAAGAAAUGCCGGGGUUCAUAACAAAGGAUAUUGAUGACGAUAAACUCGAGCAUCUAUAUAUUGUUCUCCAUGGGAGACUCAGGAAUGGAAAUGAAUACUGGAAGAUCUUCGACGAAGCCAUCUCCAAGGCAAAAGAUGACAACUACCCCGGAACGGAUCAUGAAAUGGCAGUGCUAGCCCCACAGUUUUUCUCGACGAAAUACAACUCCGGCCAGUACACGAAAAACCAAUUGGCUUGGGACGACUUGAACGCCUGGGAGGCGGGUGCCCAGGCUAAUCAUCCAAAAGACUCAGAUCUGACCGCUUUCGACGUCUUGGACGGCCUCGUCAGGCUUCAUUCAGACAAAGACAAGUAUCCAAAACUGACAAACAUCACCGUCGUUGGUCAUGGUGGCGGCGGUCAGCUUGCCCAGCGAUACUCAGCUCUGGGUGAGGAUGCUCCCGACAAUGUUCACGUUCGGUACAUCCACGGCGACCCAUCCUCCUGCAUGUAUUUCACCGAAGACCGACCUAUUUUGUCCGACGACGAAAGCUCAAAGAAGCUUUGCCCUGACUAUAAUGUUUGGCGAUACGGCUUUGACAAGUUCCCCGGCACUGGAGGCAAGCGCAUGACGGCAAAGGAUUAUUUCCAACAAUACCUAAGCCGAGAUGUCAUCUCUAUUGUGGGACUCCAGGAUACGGGAGCUUCCGGUGACCAGAGCUGCAUGGGUAUCAUGCAAGGAGGCGUCAAUCGACGUGCCCGUAACUUGAUCUGGUACCGAUACAUCAACACCCUCGGAGGCACGGAUGAGAAUUUGGAUGGGUUCCCUGGUUCAUUCGACAGUUUGCCUGAUUGGAGCGAUGCUGUGGAUGGAAAGAGCCUCGUACGACUUGUCGUUGUUGAAGAUGCGGAUCAUGAUGCGAAGGAGGUAUUCGAUGGAGAUCUGGGGCGAUCGGCGCUCUUCAGUGAUCAGGAUGUCGAGGAAGGCUGGCGGCCCGGCGAUGACUAG